AUGUUCAAGAAACUCAAAGACAAGUUAAAAGGCGACGAAAAGCCAUCUUACGGAACAGAUCAGCACAAUCUACAAUCAAACAAUCCUUACUAUCAACAUUCUCAAGAACCAUCAACAGAGAAAUACCAGCCUCCUCCUGGUCCCCCGCCAAACCAGGCCUCUUCAUCAAAGCCCGAAUACACAGCACCUCCAGGGCCCCCACCUAACCACAAUAUAGCAUCUUCGUCAUCCUACACAGCCCCUCCUGGGCCUCCACCAGGUCAUCAGUCUUCAGGCUACGCGGCACCACCAGGUCCACCUCCUUCAUACCCCCAGCAACCACCUCCAAGCUGGGAUCCACCCCCAUACCACGACUGGACCGUGAUACCCGACACCGCGCUUCUCCCUCCUCCCCCCUCAAUGGGCUACGACAGUUCCCCCACGGCAAACGCCACAGCCGAAGAAGGCGACCGAGCGCUCGCCUGGACAAAAGCGCACCCCUUAUGGCCCCCUCAAGCCCUCCACCCAAGCACCUACACCGCAAUCCAAAACGCGCAGCUCGCCCUCCUCAAACCCCCCUCCCUAGCCGGAGACUUGUUCCCUCAACAAAGCGCAGGCCACUGGCGCAUCCGCACCUAUCCUUCCUGCCGCGACUCCAGCAUCCUGUCCAACCUCCCCCUCUACAGCGCCCUCACUGACUCCCCCCUAAUUACACACCACCCCAGAACCCUCUACUUCGAGCUCAAAGUCACAUCCAUAGGCCACGGCGCCUCGUCUUCCCUCUCCGAAGCAGACGCUGGCAUCGCAAUCGGGUUCGUCGCCCCUCCGUACCCCACCUUCCGGCUCCCGGGCUGGGAACGCGCUAGCUUGGGUGUCCACGGUGAUGAUGGCAGAAAGUAUGUGAAUGAUGCGUGGGGUGGCAAUGAUUUUACGACUGCGUUUAAGCCAGGGGAUAUGGUGGGGAUUGGCAUGACAUUUGAGGUGCCGAAGAAUCCGCCGGCGUAUCAAGGGGGACAGGAAGGGAAGAUGUUGGAUAUCAAGGUUUUCUUUACCAGGAAUGGGGUCAAGGAGGGAGAGUGGGAUGGGAAUGAGGAGUUGGAUGUUAGGAGUGAGGGAGGCAAUCUGGGACUAAGGGGGGAGUGUGAUUUGUUUGCUGCGAUUGGAGUGUUUGGGGGAGUCGAGUUUGAUGUGUUUUUCCAUCCGGGUCAGUGGCUGUACAGGCCUGUGUAA